UCGUUUUUCUUGCGCAUGGUUUGUUGUUGUUUUCGAGUCUUGGCAUUUUUGCAUUAAAACGCGCUCUCGGCGCUUGUAAACCAACAAAAGUUAUUCUGUUCUGCAAAGUGCAGCGUGCUUGGCUGGAGGAAGCUUUUCAAGCUGCAUUUGAUAAAACAACAAAAGCAAAUAUACAUCUAAGUGGAGAGAACCAAAAAGUUGCGCUUGAACAGUUAGUGGAACGAGUUUCGAUUAUAUUGCAAAUUUUGGACUAGCACGCAGUUGAAUUGAAAGGAAGUCAAUCAAGAAGCAGAUUAUCUAAAAUCCACACACACACACAAUCCACACAGCAACAAAAUGGUGGACUACUACAAAGUAUUGGAUGUGGCUCGCACUGCCACCGACGGUGAAGUCAAAAAGGCCUAUCGAAAAUUGGCGCUGAAAUGGCAUCCUGACAAGAAUCCCGACAAUUUGGAGGAGGCAAACAAACGCUUUCGGGAAUUAUCCGAGGCCUAUGAAGUGCUGUCUGAUGAGAAGAAACGCCGCAUUUACGAUGAGUAUGGCAAAGAUGGCCUAGGGGAUCGGGCACAAAGCCGCUCACAUGCCCGUCAUCAUUAUACACACGACUUUGAUGACUUUGACAUAAUGGGCGGCUUUCCGUUUGUGUUCCGACCCCCCGAGGAUGUAUUCCGCGAAUUCUUUGGCGUCAACUCGCCCUUUGCCGACUUCUUCAGAGAUGCCAAUGGCUAUUCACAAUCGAAUGGCGCCACAAGCAGCAGCAGUCGACGUCAUGCUGGCCAUAAUAAUGUUGGUAGCAGCGGCUCAGCUCGACAUCAUCAUCAUCACCAUCAGCACAAAAUGGCCAGUCCGUUUGGUGCGCCCAUGCUCAACUAUUCAAUGAUGGAUUUUUUCAUGCCCACCAGCGGUUUCACCUCGUUCACCGCCAGCAACAGUGUCGCUGGUGGACACCACAGCAAUGGCGCUGUCAAACGCACUUCCACCUCAACGGUGUUUGUCAAUGGCAAGAAAUUGCUGACCAAACGUGUCGUCGAAAAUGGCAAGGAAACUGUCUUUUCAUAUGAAAAUGAUGUCCUUAAAUCAAAGACUGUGAAUGGAGUAUCCCAAAAGCUCUCUUCAAUAGCGAAUUAAUUAACAAGAAAUUAAAUAAAACAAAACAAAAAACACAAUAUGGGGAAACAACACAAGGAGGUAAAACAAAAGAAAAAGUAGAGGAGUCAAGCAAAAUAAAACCCAAUACGAGCAGCAGCAGCGGCGGCGAAUAUAACAACAACAACAACAUUAACAAAGAAAAAGUCAUAAAUUUAAAUCAACAUUUAAAGAACAAGUUAAAUUCAAGAAUUUGAAGAAUAACUAAGAGUAUGCUUUCUUAACGCUUCGAUGAUAUGUUUAAACAAAUUGUUCUACAUUAGAAUUUAGUUAUUUUUUAAAUGAAAUCGUUUGAAAUGAGCAUCAGCAGCAACAACAACAACAACUACUAGUACAGCCAACAGCAGCAGCAACAAAAGGGGCCAAGCUAGGACAACAACAACAACAAUAAGAACCACAACAACUAAAAUAGCAACAAUAAAUGGCAGUCAAUUAAAUUACUUGUAAAAUGGCCAAUUAUUUGAGUGCGAUUUGAUUCGAAAUUCUUCAAAUUACAAUUCAAUUUGUUUUCAAAAGUUUCGAACAAAAUGCGUGAAAUUUAAUGGCCACGAACAAAAAGCAAGCAAAUAAAACGCUAAAAAGAUAUA